AUGGGCAAAUCCCUAUCUCGUGCCUUGAGCGGCACGGCUAUCUUUGCCUACGGCUUCUUUACAGUAUUUUUAUACGGCCUCAUUGCCAUAGCGAAAGGCACAUACUUCAAACGCCCCACUGAAAAAGACAAACUGGACCUACAGCUUGCUCGCGAUCGCCUGUGGGAUUUAUCUAGAGACUUCGAUGGCCUCUCUCACCACAUUCUAACAUUGCCCAGUGGGUUCAAGUUCCACUUUGUCAGUAAUGAUAUUCCAAACACACCAGAAACCAUCAAUUCCGAUAAAGCAUUAGUCAUCUUCAUCCACGGAUUCCCCGAUAGCUGGGCGAUCUGGCGACGUAUUAUCGGAAACCCUGCUUUACAAGAGGCCGUUUCGCUCGUUGCGAUUGACCUUCCCGGAUAUGGAGGAACAGAGAGCCUGGAAGAAUAUAAUGCAACAAACGUUUUAGAGAAAUUGACAGAGCUGAUCAUCACGCUACGAACCCAAUAUGGUGUUGAUUCGGGCAAUGAAAGCAACAGGAAGAGAACCAUAAUUGUGGCUCAUGAUUGGGGUUGUGUCUUGUCCAUGCGCCUCGCUGCCGAAGCUCCGUCCCUGGCCCAUCGGUUCAUCCUGUCCAACGGACCAUCAAUGAAAUUGGUUGAAUCCAAUAUCCAUCGUCUGCUCUUCUCGGCCAAUAAGAUGCUCAGUAACGCCUGGCGUGCACCACUGCACGCCCGCGUCCCGCUGCUACGAGCACUCAGAACUCUCGCCCCUCUCGCCCGCCAGCUCGUUCUAUCCGGAUAUGUCUUUGCCAUGCAGCUACCCACGCCAAUGGUCUAUUACCUCCUAUCCGGAGGCAACUGGUCAUUGUUGAAAAGUAGUCACCUCGCAUCGUACAACAAGGACGAAUAUACCCAACUCGACAUGGCCGACAGUAUGGCGAGCACCAUGGGCCCGUCCGCCGCAGAAUCGGAUACCAAAACUACCAGCGGUGAGGCCUAUCCCGCCAGCAUCCGCGAGCGCGCCUUCACACAUGUCAUGCACAUGGCGGCUUAUUACCGUGAUCGGGCGGCGACGGCGCGUUGGGACAAGUCCAUUGAGACAGUUACUAGCUUGCACAGCAUUGCGUCUGGAAAGCGACGGGCGAGCAGCGGAGCUGGGCUGUUUGAUGAAGGUCCCGCGGGCGCUCUCAAAGCCAACACGACCAUUUUCUGGGGCAAGGAUGACAUUGCUCUUGACCCGAGGAUUUGCCUUGAUGGGAUGGGUGAUUACUUGGUGCAGGGGUCCCAAAUUGUGCUACUUCCCCGUACUGGACAUUGGACUCCGCUUGAGCGUGAGAGCGGUGCAGCUUUUAUCAAGGCCAUUGAAUGGGCUGCCCAAGGCGAAAAGGAAGAUAUUGGGACAGCCAUUGUUGAAUCCUACCCUGGUGUUCAGGUCAUUUUUUCACGAUAA